UGUCCAGCCGGGAGCGCGAGGGCGUAAGGGCAGGUGGGGCGCCUCCCCAAAGGCGGGGCAGGGAGCUGGGGCUGCGGACUCCGUGCUCCCCGGCGCUCGGCGCUCGCUCGCCGCGCUCCGCGCCGCACGUCUGGCCGAGCGGGUGGCGGGCGCGGCGGGACCACCGGGCGACGCUGCCGCCGCCGCCGUUUCUGUAGAGCACUCCCGCGUCUGCCGCCGAGAGCGGCCGGCUGAACCCGGCUCAGACUCAACUGUGCUUCCUGCUCGGCAGCCUCGAGUCUCCCAAAGGCGUAGUGUUUCCCCUUGAUGUCAUCGCGCAGAAGAGGGUGAAAGGGACUCGGCGACAGAUUCAGAAAUGAACACACCUGAGCGAGCUCGAUGCCUGUGAGCUCCCCCAUCGCCUCGUGACAAAGGAAGGUGCCAGAGCGGUGGCCUCUGAGAACAAGCUUCUUCCUCUUGGCCUUGCCUUCCCUGCCCCCAGUUCACCAUGGAGACACUCUCCCAAGAUUCUUUGCUGGAAUGUCAGAUCUGUUUCAACUACUACAGCCCCCGGCGCAGGCCCAAGUUGCUGGAUUGCAAACACACCUGCUGCUCCGUGUGCCUUCAGCAGAUGAGGACCAGCCAGAAGGAUGUGAGGUGCCCGUGGUGCCGGGGCAUCACCAAGCUGCCUGCAGGCUUCUCCGUGUCGCAGCUCCCCGACGACCCGGAGGUCCUUGCCGUCAUCGCCAUCCCGCAUGCCUCUGAGCACACACCGGUCUUCAUCAAACUUCCCAGCAAUGGGUGCUACAUGCUGCCCCUGCCCGUCUCCAAGGAGCGAGCGCCGCUGCCGGGAGACUCGGGCUGCCGCCUGCUGCCCGGGAACCAGCAGAAGUCUGUUACCGUGGUGACCGUCCCGCCGGAGCAGCAGCCUCUGCAGGGCGCGCCGCCCCAAGAGGAGGCAGCGGAGGCGGCGCCACCUGCGGUGGAGGAGGAGCCAGACAGGCGUGGCGCGGCGAAAAGCUCCACCUGGUCUGGGGUGUGCACUGUGAUCUUGGUGGCCUGCGUCCUGGUCUUCCUUCUGGGCAUCGUGCUCCACAACAUGUCUUGCAUUUCAAAGCGCUUCACUGUGAUAUCCUGUGGCUGAAGAGGGCAGCCGGGACCUCUCUCGCGCGGGUGCGUGCCUACCAGGGCUUGAGCAGGUGUUGGUGAUUGGACCCAGGGGAGAAGAUGGGGGCGACGCUGAUCGUUUGGUGCCGAAGGUUGGCCUCCAGGCUGCCACUUGUUUCACCCAAGACAAACGCAGAGGACAGAAUGCGAGACCUCAGCGGGAGGCCAGGCAGGCCACUCUGAGCAUUGAUGGCAGCAGCUUCGAAGACGAUUGCAUGCAUCCUCAUAGUCACUUAUUAAAUGGACUGCAACUUAUGAUUUUCCAAAAUCACGUGGCCAGAUAAACAUAUUCCACUUGGACAUGACUCUGUGCGGGCGCACACGGUGGGAUCGUCUCUAAGCGUGGUAGAUUAAACCGAAGAUGCUCUGUACAGAUGCUGGAGGGUAGAAUCAACCCCACGAACCCACGGACAAGUUCAGUGAUGACUCCCAGCACCGUUCUUCCUUUUUUUUUUUUUUUUUACAGUGAAACCCAGUCUUCAUUCAGUUGCCAAGGCCUUUUAUACCUUUUGAAUGGCACCCCGAUCACGAUAAGUUCAGCGGACCAUCAUUUUUUUUUGAAGGAAAUAGUUGAACAAGUGUUUCCAAACCGUUGUGUUUUGUCACGCGCCUUCGUUUUCCUUCCCGCGCGACGAGAGCCCAGCACGUGUCUGUUACACGGAGGAAGCCCACCCGGGGGCAGCGACCUGAGUGAGGAGGAGACAUGCCUCGUCCCACAGGAAAACUCUUUGCCAAUUUUUCUCAAGCCAUCUCACAAGACCAGAAUUUUAAGUGUAAAUAUUGUGCAUCUGUGUGUGUGUGUGUGUGUGUGUGUGUGUGUGUGAUUUGAUUUGCCUCAGGUUCUGGAUCUCGUCAGGAGAAUCCCAGUAGGGAGACGUAGUGGGUGCCAGCGAGUCCAGGCUCUGAAAUGGUCACCUCCUGGGCACCGGGACCCACCAGUGAGGUGUCACGCACUUGUCCCUUCCCACCCUUGCCCCUCUUCUGCGGUGCAGUCGAGCCCCGUGUUCGGUGAGGCACACAUGGAGAGGAACAGAGCCUUCCUUGCCUUUUCCCCCAGCCUGGGGUAUUGAAGUGGCUGUGAAUGUCGUUACCUGGUGACAGAGCUGGGCCGGCAGUCCAGCAGGCAGCCUGUGGGUAUUUUUUUUGGAAGGUAUUAUUGUCCCGUGAGAGAGUCCCAUUCUCUCACCAAUCUGAAUCACCAUGCUAAACCAUUCAGAAUCCCCGUUUCCUCUUGUCGUAGAAGUAAGACUGUCUCUUGUAUUUUGACAUGUGUUUUUAUUGGGAAAAGGGGCAAGGUAAACCAACAACUCCCAUUCUCAAUGUAAACGGACCAGUUCCUUCCCCCUAAAUUCUCAAAUAUGCUUCACUGUGUAAUGAAUGGUCUUUGGGUGCUCACGAAGAAAGGUCUGCUAGAGUUAAGUGAUAAAUUGCCAUGCCUGGAAGUGUGUGCAUGCAGAAAUAGCUGUGAGCGUUACGGUUCUUUUCUCAUUUCUUUCAUGGGAUUCCUGGAGCAAGUGCUAUGUGACAAAGACUCCUCACAAAUAUGUAUGUUUAUGUUUCAUUUAAUCCAUGCAGCUGGGGGAGGGAAAGAUAAGCAGUAACUAGUUCCAAAAAGCAAGGCUUAGAAAUAACCCUGUAUGAUAGAGACAAUUUAAUUUACUUACACGCUAACUGUUACCUUCAAGCAGCACAAAAUAUGCACAUUAAACUGAUGGAAAUUGUGUGAGAUAAAAUGACAGUAGAAUGACUAGAAUCCAAAGCUAAUGCUGUUCAUUGGUGUGGGAAUUCAAUAUAAAAAUAUGAACUCGGGUUUUUCAAAUCUUUCACAUUUUUUUUUCCUGCAGGCCUUUAGGAAAUGUAUUUGAAAGCUCAAGCUAGAAAUUAGGUUAAAAUGCCAUUUUACUACGUAAGCUAUUGGACAUUAUACAACAAAGCUAGGAUUUAUUUUGUAUUAAUAAUUUAGGUAUCAUAUUAGCUGAAUACUACCCUCUAUUAUGUAACACAAUAUACUGUUGGGUUAGUGUCCAUUUCUCAAACUCAGCCAGGCUGCUGUAAUGCAUGUCUGACCUCAUUUCCCUUCCUCUGGGGGGAAAAAAAACAACAAAACACAGAAUCGUUGCAUUAAGAACACUACUUUUCAAAUGGACUUUACCCUUGCAAUUUUCAGCCAUGCCGUGUUGCAAUUCAUUGUGUAAAUGAUAUCUGCGUAUAUGUAUGUACAGUAGGAAAUGACCAGCUGUGUAGUGUAGUAUUUGAUAAGCCUUCUCCGUGUUAAGUAGGUUACAUACAGACACUAACAUGUAUGACAGUCCAGUGCCCUGUGUUUCUUAGUGUAAAAAUACUGAGUAAAAACAUUCAUGUAACUUCUCCUUCAAAGCAAUCCGAUGCUAGAGCUGCAGUUAAGCAGCAGAAAAUCAGUCAGCUCUAUGGUAGAUUCUUGGCUUUACAACCUAGAGUAACAAUAACAACCAAAUCAGAAUUUUCUGUGCGAGUGUCACUGACAUAAGAAAUAGUGUUUGAGUGAAUUCUGCCCACAGUUACUUGUGCACCUGUUCGUCAGGGUGUGCACUCUGUGUGUGUGUGUGUGUGUGUGUGUGAUGUCUCGGUCCGCCUGAUAGAAUUUUUGUAGACUUGAUGUUUACUGGACUUGGCAUCCCAUUGCUCUGGCCUCUCCUGGCAGUCACCCACGACACUCACAACUCAUCUACCCCAUGUGACCAAAGUCCAGUGACGCAAUCGGCUGGAAUUUACAGUUGCACAUCAGUGAAAAAAAAAAAUCACAAUGGAAAGCACAGAAAGUAAGAGGUAAAAGCAACCUCUGGGGCCUUUGUUUUGAGGACGGACCCACCGAGGCCCACAGAGUUGCGGAGCCACGCGCGGCGGCUUGGAAUUCUGCAGCAGAGGCAGAGGGGAACUUUGCGCCGCAGCUUCCUCUUCCUCCCAAGCCUGGCGCCUGCUCUGGGGGGCUGCAGACGAACUUUUCCAAGGUGGAUGAACACCCUUCAUGGACUCGACUCUUGCUUUAAAGUUUUUCUUAUGUAGAUUUAUAUAUUCAUUUUUUAGUUAGCAUCUACCUCUCUGGGAAAUCAAAGGAGGGUUGAUUUGGGGGUGAGUAUAGACUUUGAAAGAAAACCCAUGUGAUUUGAAAUUUUUAAUUGCAAACCAUUGUAUCCCCCCCUCCCCAUCCCCAGCCUUGUUUGUAAAGGACAAUGAGUGUUGUGUAAAUAGCACACUAUAAGAAGCAUGAAUUUUUGCUUUUAUCAAUGAUCUUGACAUAAGCCAGAGAAUGCUUACUAUGUUUAGUAGAGCCAAGCAGGCUAUCAAAAAGCAUUGUCUUUGGAAAAUUUCUGUAUAGCAACCUGAGGCAUAAGUUGUGAUAGAAAGCAAAUCCGUUAUCAGUUGCCAUCAUACUGGGUGAUCAGAAAGCUCUCAAGUAUAUUCUUUAAAUAUAUAGUUAAGUUUACUCUUCUGCACAGCUGGAGAGUGGGUCCCCUGAAAGUCAGACCCACGGGGGUGCAGCCCUUGGGACUCUCCAGGUGGGCACGGCUCAGUGGAACUUUCUGUGAUAAUGGAAAUAUGAUGUAACCUAUGUGGUCCCAUAUCCGGCAGUUGAAAUGAGGUUAGUUUGCCUGAGUAGCAGGAUUUUAUGUUUUAUUAUUUAAUUUUAAGUUAUUUAAAUAUAGUCACUCAUAGUUAGCGGCCAAUAUAUUGGCCAGCACAGUUCUGGAUGGUUGUGCAAUGGUGUCUAGCAUCAAAGUAUUAGGAGGAACAGAGUAAGGCUAAGAAGACAGCUUGCGAUUUAGUAGUUACAUGCAGUUGGCUAAACAAAAAAGAAAAGAAAAGAAAAAACAAAACCUUUCUGGGAUUAAAAAGUGUAUGAUCUCAAGUACCACAGUAAGAUUCAUUGGUUGCCCUUUGGGGUUAUCCCUUAGAUACUUUGGGUCAAGGCACGAUCAGAAUGCUCAGUGAAGCUUAAGGAGUGCUGUUGAAGCCCCUUUUCUGGCGACUAGCUGCAUGUGAAUCCGUUGCCCCCAACUAGUAGUUAGCCAGUAGACCACUUGACUUGCAAGUUAUGCAUGACCUGUAACUGUGAAAAUGUGUUUAGGGUUUUGUGGCCAAAAAGUAAAUGUUACAGAAAAAAAAAAAAAAGCCUGAUGAAAUCUCUCUUCGCUGCCCACACCUUACCCGGACCUCACUGCUGCAUUAGUAAGGUGUGGGGCGGCGGAGAGCACGCAUGUUUUACACCGCUCGUGGGGAGCGUCUCCGUUCGCCCCGGGAGUCUGCCGGCAUGUCCUCGUCUGUGGCGUGGCGUGUGUGGGCGUUACUCUCCGUUCGCCAGACUCUACCAUAGGUACUGUUUUGUUUUUAGUCUCGUUGGUUUUUUUGUUUUUUUUUUUUUAAUUUUCACUAUCACUAAAAGAAUUGAAGAUUUGAAGGCAGGCCCAGACACUUUUUUUUUUAACAUUAAAAAAACAUUGCCCGUGGAAGUUACCAAAAUGGCUUUUUAAGUGGGUAAAUGGAAGCAGAAAAUUCAAUGUGAGAUACAUGUUCAUAGAAAGAUCAGGCUCUUCCUGACAGUGUAGCAUUUGUUCCGGUCUAGAUUUGCAUGUUAAUGAGUUCCCAUAGCUUGAUUCGAAAACCUCACGCUGUGUCAAAACUGGUUAGUGUGCUUUUCAUUGUUCUCGAAUAUAACAUAAACCAAGUGCAUUUGCUCCCAUUUCGCAGGAUUGAGUUGAUUCCCCCAUCCCCAGAACUCAUCAGUGGGCGUUGACUGUUCUUUUUAAGCUUGUUUUUAAAAAUUACAAAAAAAAUUUUUUUUUUGGCCAAAAUAAGAGUUUUUCUUUAGACUACAAGGAAGUUAGAGAUCCAAAGUUACUGGCCUGAGAGGAGUGAUGUGCAAAAGAUUUGAAUUUCUGUGUUCUUUCAGAAAAAGGAUGCUGCUAACCCAUCAGCAUUUCGUUUGCACGUAAGACUAGCCAUCAAUCCGUUGCUCUGACGAAAAAUAAGUGGAUAUUCAAGCCAUUGAUUUUUUUUUUCUGACAAUUGAUUCACAUAUAGACGUAGAGAUAUAGAUGUAGGUCUAUGAUUUCACAGUAAUGAGUUAAAUCAAGUAAAGAUAUUAUUGGUCAUGUUUUUCAAUUGGUGAGUUGCAUAAUGUCAAAUUUUGGUGUUCAUACUUUAACAAAUUCUAUUGGCUGCAUCCAGCACAUCAAGCUGCCCACCUUUGUGAGUGUGUCUGUAACUAAAUUCUUGAGACAUCUCAAAUGUAUCAAGAGGUGGGUUCUGCAUACAUUUUCUUGGAACAUCGUUGAUGGUUGAAGAACUUAAGCAGGUGGGGUGUUUCAUUUCUGUCUUCUAAAUAGCUUCCUGUUUGGCCCUGCUCCAGUGGUCCUGGGUAGAGCACCAUGUUUCCCGAAGUCUUAGAAUGUGGCUCUGGUUUUUCUGUACAAGUUUCCUUGCACAGUUGAGCCAGUGGUCUUUUUUUUUUCUUUUUUUUUCUUUCAGGAUUUACUGCCUGGGGUACCCCACUCUCUGCAUCUCACUUAUGGUGUAGUGGUGCUUGAAAACACUCAUCUCGUCAGCUAGACUUUCUUAUUCUAAUCUGAGGUUUUUGAUACUAUUCAUAUUAUGAAUCCUUUUAGGGACAAUCAGUAAUUAUUUGUGGCAAAGUGCUGAGGGCUCUUGAAGUCUGUAAUGGAUUUUCCUUGUUUUUUUCUGAAGGUGUUUUCUCUAGCUCUACCUGUUCUAGAUACUGCCCUAAACUCAUCAUCUUGGCCGUAGGGCUAGUGGCCCACAUGCAAGUCUUCUGAGGUCUCCCUGGAGUGUGAGUCGCUGGGUUGUUCUAACGAGAGUUUUCCAAAGGGACGCUCAGUUUUUAGUUUGACAUUGGCUUUUUGAGAAUCCAGGAGUGGAAGGUUGGGUAUGAUUGAUAGUGGUGAAGGCACUGGGCUGCAAGAGGAAGGAAAUGGAUGAGGCCACUGCCCCUCCGAGGGACCAAGGUGAUGUUUAUGUCAUCUCUGUUCAAACAGUGGCAGGAUGGAUGAGCUGCUAUCUUACCCUCGCUUCAGACAAUUCCUGUACGGGUUUUCCUGGCUGAGGUACGACCCACCCAUUGAGCGGACCCUGUGUGGCACUGGUGGACACUUGGCCUUGGACCUAUUGCAAAAGAUGGACGGAACUGCCCAGAGAGUGAGGAGAGACAGGCAUAAAGGGAAGGAAGUCUGGGAUGGGAUUAUAGCUCCAAAGCAAACGGGGCAAGAGCUGGAGGUCAGUCAUGGCAGAAACCAGCUGAAGCAUGACAAUUGGAAAGAAUGGCCAAGAGCAAUUUGUCACGUCAGCGUGGCCCACCAGAUUCAGCCCAUGAUGUUUCCGUUGAAGACACAGGGGAUGCGCUGAGCGGAUGAGAGGGCCCAAGGGGCCCCGCAGGUGGUCGGCCACGCCGGGCAAUUUCAGAGCCUGCUCCCGAGUUGGCGCUGAGUCCUGGAAGAACUCCGCUCGCAUCCUCUUGGCCGUGGACCACAAUACCUGCACCCAGGACGUGUCCUGACAUGACUGGGCUAAUACCUUGGGGAAGACGCAUUUGAGAACAUUUAGGUUUCUGUCCUGGUGGUUGUCAUUUAUUCUGUUUUCCUUCCACCACUCGUUCCUGUUUGGCCCCUUGACAGUGGCAGGCGGGGAGGCUGGUUUCAGCUCGGGGUGGUUUUGAACUCCAACCUCAGCCACGCAGCUGCCGCCCGGGGUCCCUGCCCUCACGGCCGCACCAGCGGGCUGCCGGGCCCUCUUCAUAACCAAUACUGCAGUCAGACGGCGAGAUGAAUGCCGCUCAGAGGCCACUCACUCAAGUCUGUGACAGGUUUCAUUUACAAUUAUGUGGAUUAUUUAUUUUAGGAGCUUUUCUUUGAAAGGGUUGAAUCGCCCUACAGAUAAAUGAGCUGCUGGGCUGUGUAGAAAACACUGUCUAAAUGUUGCCAAAUACUGACUUCAUAAAGGGGGGGGGGGGUGGGUAUCGAGCUGCUGUGUAUAAAUCUGAAUGUCUUAAAAGCAUUCUUGCUUGCUCUCUCUGUUGUAGAUGGUGUCUUAGUAAGUCCUGAGUUUUUCCGAUGAACUCAAUUUUAAUAUAUGGUAUUUUUGUAUGCCAAACUGGUGUCUUGUCCUUUGUAUAUGUGGUAAUGUUGAUUUUAUGACUACUGUUAAAACACAUUUGCUAUGAUUAAAAUUCAUAAAACGAUUUCAAAUAGA